AUGGACUCGCUUACGACUCACCCGUCGAACGCGCAGCAGGCUCGUGCCUUCACUUCGCCUUCCUCGCUGUCCUUUCCCGGUGGCGCUGCUGAUUUGACCCCUCCCUCUUCUGAGAAAGAGAUCCAAGGUGUCAACGGCAUGAUGAACGGCCAAGCUGGAGGAAUUGCCAACAACGGCAACGGGGUGAUGCCCGCUACUCCAGCCACUCCGGUCACCACCCCGGGGGCUACGACCGGAAGCAGUGGCAUUGUGCCUACUUUGCAAAACAUCGUGGCUACCGUCAAUCUUGACUGCCGUCUGGAUCUCAAGACCAUCGCGUUGCACGCUCGCAACGCCGAGUACAAUCCUAAGCGUUUCGCCGCCGUCAUCAUGCGUAUUCGUGAGCCCAAGACCACUGCGUUGAUCUUCGCUUCCGGCAAGAUGGUCGUGACUGGUGCCAAGUCUGAAGAUGACUCCAAGCUGGCGUCGCGCAAGUAUGCGCGUAUCAUUCAGAAGCUCGGUUUCAACGCAAAGUUCACCGACUUCAAGAUCCAAAACAUCGUCGGCUCCUGCGACAUCAAGUUCCCUAUCCGUCUGGAGGGUCUGGCCUCUCGUCACCACAACUUCUCGUCCUAUGAACCUGAACUUUUCCCCGGUCUGAUUUACCGUAUGAUGAAGCCCAAGAUCGUGCUCUUGAUUUUCGUCAGUGGCAAGAUCGUCUUGACUGGUGCCAAAGUGCGUGAGGAAAUUUAUCAGGCUUUCGAGAUGAUCUAUCCUGUGCUAUCUGACUUCCGCAAGGUUUAA